AUGGAUUCUGAAAAUUAUGGAAAUUUUGAUAGUGAUCAACAAAUGUUCAAUUUUAUAUUUGAUUCAGAAGAAUUCGAUAAGAUGUUACAAAGUUUCAAUGAGGAACAGUUUAAUAAGCCGCUUCAAAAACUAGAAGAGCUCGCUCAAUCCCUUCAAGGUACAACUGAAGUAAAGACACAUGUGUUAAAUAAGCGUAAGAGAAAACGACCUGUAAAGAUAAUACAAGAUAAGGGUUCUCCACAAAAAGUCACCCAACUAAAAGCUAACACUGCAAAUGUAAAUAAUUAUAUUGAUCUUUGUGAAUCAACACCAGCAACUGUUCCUAUAAAUGGGAGUUUAGACACUAAAGGGAAAUUUUAUUUUAAAUAG